GAGUCGAUAUACGCGCGCACACACGCACUGAGGCCAAACCGUCGGCAGGCAGACUGGACAACGAUGCAGACCGUUUGCCGAUAGUCACCCCACGACCAAACACGUACGUACUCUGCACAAGCAGGGGUUGAAUGCACACACAUCGAACAAGUGUCACGCACGCCGGCCGAAAAGCGUAGGCGAGAUCCCCACGCACCAUCGUCAGCAGCACACUCGCACACACACUUACACGCCGACGCAGAGAGAAAGAAUCGUCCGAUAGAAAUAUGCCCCUCCCCCAGGGCCCCCUCAUUCCCGCCUCGCUGUCUGUCUCAUCCCUUGCGGCGGUCCCUCAUAUAGUCCUUCAGCUUUGAUCUCAUCUGGGUGGCCUCGAUGCGGGCGUAGUCCUGCAUGGUCUUGUCCGUCUUGUCUGUGCCGGUGUUGGCGGCCUCCUUCCAGCACUGGAACGCGGCCUGGAGCUCCUGCAGGGCGCUCUGCACCGCUGGCUGCACCCAAACCUCGUCGAUGAUCUCCUGGCCAGACUUCCCCCUCUGCAGGGAGGCCCAGCCAGGGAGGAGACACACCAACACCACGUCACAGCACAGCACAUUUGGGUGGAUGAGUGCACACGCAGGGCUUACGUCGAAUUUGCGUCUGAUCUCUUCGCCGGCCUCCUCGUAUCUUUCCUCGUCGAUGAGCUGCAGGAUAGGCUCCAUGGCGGCCUGCUCGGAUGGCGUCCGCUGCCCCAUCCAAUCCACCACACGGUCCUGCACGCAGUUAUGCACACACGUGAGACGGACCGGCUGGCUCUUCAUCUCUCAGCUGUGCGUUACCGCUAUUGAGGGCCUUGUGCUGUCCUCUGCAGCGCCAUCCUGCUGCGGCGCCGACCCACCAUCAGUCACCUCCACGCUGCCAUCACCCUGCAAAUGCCAAUCUUGUGUGUGCAACUGCUGUGACGAAUGUGUGUCAGCAGGCUGACCAUACUAUCCGUGUGUCCGGCCUCGUGCUCCUCGCCGCCGUCGGCCUCCUCAACCUUAACACCCAACACCUAGCGGGCGCCCACACACCGACACACAGGGCGUGUGAGAGUGGCUUGGGAGGAACGUCCGUCUCUCGCUCGCCCACCCCCCCCCGCCCCCCAACCCACCCACCUCCUUCUUUGCUAUGCGGUCCUGCAGGGCCUUCUGCACCGAGGCUAACAACUCGUGGUUCGACACCUGAUGGCAUGGCAUACCAUGGAUGGAUGGAUGGAUGGAUGGACACAAACCGACAAUGAAGACACACAAUGAAAAGUCACAUUGUGUGUCUUCAUUGACUAAUGGCCCACUUACUCGGCUGAUGUCCUGCAGCUCGAUGUCGGUCUGCGCGUAGACGUCACGACGGGACUGAUAGAGACGUCAAUGAUUGAUGCAUCAUCGCGUGUCUGUGUGCGUGCGUGUGUAUGUAUGUGUGCACCUAGUCACCUUUUUGUUGCAUUCGGUUUCCUCCUCCUGCUCUAUGGCCCGUUUGCUUCCGACACCAAGACUGCCACCAGCAACACCUGCAACAUGACCACACACACACACACAGAGAGAGAGAGAGAGAGAUGGGUGGCUGCCGCCCAGGGAGCACAGAGCAUGUACCGUUGAGGGGAGAGAUGGUGACCUUGGUGUGGUGCAUUUGGUCCCAGCGGUCGUGGACGGUGGUGAGGUGCCCCUCCAUGAUGGUGGCCGUGCGAUGCUGGCCGACCUCUCCAUACGCCCUCUCCCAUCGGUCCUCGCCACUGGGAUCGUGCACCAGUAGCUUGUACUCAAUCUGGCCGCUAUCAGGGACCGACUGGAUGGCGAUGGGCUCGCUAAUCCAAAUGGGCACGGUAACAGCAAACGUGGUGAGCUGCAGGGCCGUAUACCACAGCUUGUCAUGGUUACUGCACACGCGCACCUCCUGCCCCCAGCCGCAUAUGUCGGUGGAGACCUCGGCGACGAACCGCACAGCUGCGCCGUGCCCACCAGGAGACUGCAAAAACGACAAAGAAGAGAGAGAAUGGUCCAGUGAGGAUGCACCCGUGAAUUCUUGCGGCCUCACCUCCAUCUGCGAUGCCCGGCGAUUUCCCAGCCAGGACUCCUCCGCAUCACACGCCGCAGCGGCAGGCUGGCGCACCGCCGAGGGAAGAGACCCUCUCUGUUCGUCAUGGCAAGCCCCUGCAGUCGGGGCUCCCUCCUCCUCCUUCACCCGCACAUCUGCCUUGAUCAUGCUAGCAGCAGUCUGCCUUGAAGAGGAGAGUCACGGCGAGUGACGAGAUUCUCUC